AUGGCGAUACGCGAACUGGAGCUGUUUCUAAAUCACUCUUUGACAGACGAGAUUCGAUCGCAGCUCAUAACCAAGGUCACAGAGAUGCUCACCAUGCCCGAGCUCGUCCACUUCCGUUGCUCACUACAGUCAGACUAUGGUAUUGCUGCACCUAUAGGUCUCUACGACAUUCUUCGGAGGAUUCCCCUGUUUGCUGACCAUGCCUUUAUGACCAUCGGAGAGGUCUUUAGUGGCCUUUUUGCUGUAGCAGACUCCUUUCAUGAGGUCAUUACAGAGAUUCAACCGUCUCUCGAGCAAUACGAAGGCCAUAUUUUGUGGCUCCUAACAGACACUUAUAGUAGCCUCAUGCACCAAUCCCGUAGCUUCAAAGAUUUGGGGAUUCCCGUGAAGCGGAUUAAGAUGAUUCUCAAAACAGCUUAUAAGUUUACCCCAGCGCUUCCCAAGACCAUUCAUGACUUGGAUGCCGAUACAAUGUCCCAGGUUCCGUCCCAUGAUGAGCUUAACAAACUACGCGAAUACGUUGACCAGCUCCCUAACGCACAAGCCCGAGCGUUAGUGUUUGGUAAACUCUUAAGAGAGAUAGGGAGGCGCCCCGAGGAAAUAAUCCUCAAUGGGAACCAAUUAAAUCUAGAACUCACUGACCUGCCCUCCUUCGCAUUCUGGGUCCUACUGGAUGCUGCACAAGCGUAUGCAACUCCAUCAUAG